AUGGUCCCGUUCGCGUCCUUCUCCAUGCCCUUGCAGUACCCAGACGUCAGCCAUAAGGAUUCCCACCUCUGGACUCGCCAACAUGCCAGCCUGUUCGACGUCUCUCACAUGGUCCAGCAUAAACUCUCCGGCGAGUUGGCCGAGGAGUUCUUGAUGACUGUCACGCCUGCGGCCCUGAAGGAGCUGGAGAAGCACCGAUCUACCCUGUCGUGUCUGUUGAAUGAGCAAGGCGGGAUCGUGGACGACACGGUGAUUUCCCGGAUCGGGAAGGAUGGGUUCUACUUUGUCACGAAUGCCAACUGUCGAGAGAAGGAUCUGAAAUUCCUGGACGAGCAGAUGGGCAAAUUUUUGAAAGCCCAGGGCGCCUCAAAGGAAAAGAUCAACUGGCACGUCCUUGACCACCACGCCCUGUUGGCACUCCAAGGCCCUCAGGCCGCGGACGUUUUGCAAGCCCUCGUGUUCAACGACACGGAGGAUGAAGGUCUCGACACGAGCCUGGAGACACUGUACUUUGGCUCUAGUCGGUGGAUUCAACUCACACUACCCGAGUCAGGAAUGAAUACGCCGUCUCUCCUCAUUACUCGUACGGGCUACACCGGCGAAGAUGGCUUUGAGAUCUCGAUCCCCCCUGAGAAUGGAGAUGCGACAGACCUAACAACCAACAUCGCAAAGGCAUUGACGGCGGACCAGUCAAAGGUCCGCUGGGCGGGGCUCGGGGCGAGAGAUUCGCUGCGGUUAGAGGCCGGCAUGUGCCUGUACGGCCACGACCUGAACGAGCAGAUCACACCACCAAUGGCAGCUUUGGGCUGGUUGGUCGGCAAAUCUCGCCGUGGGGAUAACCCCUCCCCCACCUUCAACGGCCAUGAGACCAUCAACAAGCAGCUCGCUGCGCCGAAGAGCAUGUCGGAGCGACGAGUUGGGCUCCUGAUCGAAAAGGGCCCGGCCGCACGCGAAGGCGCCGAAAUCGUCGAUCUCGAACACGACAAUGAGGUCGUUGGGCGGAUUACCUCGGGAUCUCCCAGUCCAAGCUUGGAUGGUCAGAAUAUCGCCAUGGGGUACAUCAAGAAUGGUCUCCACAAAAAGGGCACACAGGUCGGGGUCAAGGUGCGCAAAAACGUGAGGAAAGCGGAGGUCGUCAAAAUGCCAUUUGUGCCGAGCAAGUUUUUCACCAAGCCUUCGUAG